CGUAAACACCAUCAGAUACCAUGAUUCGAAAAUCAUCCUCUUCAUUUCUGAAUCGUAUAAAUUGCAAGGCUCUCAGGUCGUUGUAGAGACCAGAUAGUCUGGUCGAACUUCCCUUCUCGAUAAUCAGCUUUCCGCCACAAGCUUGCCUUAAUAUCAAAAUCAAACAUUCAUCAUGGGCUGGAGAGUCUGUAAGCCUUCCGACUUCUCGUCGCAGACUGAUUCCAUACGUGACAAUAGUUCUUCUGACGUUAUCCUCGCCCACCUCGACUCAGACGGCACCACCUCAGCGAAAGAAGUAGCGCUAAACCUCGAUGCACUGUCAUCUGAGAGCAGAAAGGCUGCCGGCAAGGACAAAGAACCUUCCUUGGACGAAUCCCCUGCGUCAACCUGGAGCGUCAUUGCCGAGGUUGCACAAAGACCGUCUGAUGAAGAGCAGGAGAAUCUCAUUAACCUCAUACACGAGGUUUUACUCCUCCCAUCAAUCUCACCCGACGUGCCAGACUGUGCCUUUUGGCCAGAGUCUGUCAUUAUUCUGAUUUCAGGUCUACGAUAUCCUUUGGGAUCGAAAGUUGAAAGCUGCGAACUUUCGUCGAGCCUCGCUAAUGCAUUGCAGCACCCGGUCCGCAGUCAAGAUCGAUCGCCCGGGGGAUCGAUCGCGAAGAGUUGCGCGUCGAACUCGCGAUGUUGUCGCAUUACUCGAAUGUCAAGAAAUCACACACAGCUAGAGAGUUUUCCAUGCAAUUCCAAAGGAAUCAACAAUCGCCUUUCGCGAUACGAUCCACCAAUGUCACUCAUGCUGACCCUCGGCUUCGCCGACACGCGACCGAUCGCGGUUCAACGGACCCGCCGUUUUCUACCACGCAAGCCCACGCGUUGCCACGACACAACUCCCAACGGUUCAGCCCUGAUCCAUACGGCAACGGAAUAAACGAUUCGCGCGACGGCCUCUCUCUUUCCCUGUGCAUGGAACUGUCGCAUGAUGACGUGGCGAGGGCAGGGAAACGUAACGUUGUGGUUGCCACAGCCAACGGAGGGAAAACCGCGGGUUUGUCGAACCAUCAUGGGCGGAUUCCUCCGGAGCGAUCGAUGUUAUAUAUCGCAUUGAACUUUCACUAGUCAA